AGCAAUAACACUAAAGGCCUAACGCUGACAUAUGAGAACGGGAGGAGUUUCUCUCUGUCUUUAGGGUGCCACGCAACUAGAAGAAGCUAGUAAAUCAGUGGCUUGUUCCUUUGCAUCUGACAGUCAUGGAAGCUGAACGAUACAGGUGAAUCACAGUAAAGGAACGAGGGAAGCGGGAAUGAGGAGAUUUUUCAGAGCGCAUAGCUACAGCGAUGAAGACAACAGUCAGAUCCAGUACCUGACGGCUAAAUGUAACCGCCUGACACAUGAAAAAGUGCUGGAGAGGGAAUGCAUGGGGGCCAGGGAGAGAGCGAGGAGCCUGCAGAAUGAGCUGGAGGCUCUGUCCACACAGCUCUGCCAACAGGAGCAGGUCAACAUAGAUUUGAUGUUCAAAUAUGAUCAAAUGCUCGGCAGGGUCCAUCAUGAACAGCAACGGGUGCAUCUUGUGGUGGAGGAGAGCUUCAGAGAUGCUGCACUGCUGGGCCUACAGCUGGAACAGGUCAACUCGGAGCUACUACACCUGCAAAGUUCUGAGGUGCAGCUGGAAGGCCUGGUGGAAGAGCUGUACACGGAGGACCUGCAGAGAGCUGCAUUGACAGAGGACCUUCAGGUGCAGCUGCACAGUAAGGUAUUGGAGUUGGAAGAGCUUCAGUGCGGCUACGCUGCCAACACCCAGGAGCUGGAGGAGCUGCGUAGCGCUAACCAGAGGAAGGUGCAGGGACUGCAGCGGGAGAACGAGUGCAGCCUGAAGAAGCUCCAGGAGACGGCCGAGCAGUUUGAGUGGCUGUGUGAACAGCAGCGCUACUGGAUGUGCUGCGUCAAGAGAUUCAAAGACUGCCUGUCAGAGGAGAAGGACUCUCUGGUGCAGCAGGUGAAACGGUUGGAGAUGGAGGUAGCAGAGCUGAGGAAGAGCUCAGAGAGCACCACCCAGAUGCUGUGCUGCCCCCUAGAGGACACAGCCAGUCAGCACUGUGACAGAAUGCCCUCUUGGGAAUCCGGUAAGAUGGCUGACCUGCAAACCCAGGUGGACAAAUGGAGAAAGCUGUAUGAGGACCUCUUCAGCCAGUUCACACCCCACCAAGGGGGGGCACGUUGUCGACGGAUACCAAAAACCUCCUUGAGGUCAGAAGACCAUGAAAUCCAUCUAUUUUUCUUCAACCCAGUGGAGGCACUCCUAACUUUUGGCUGUUUGUCUCGCUACUCAACUGUUGCUGAGAACCAUACAACCUCACCGUUCUGUUGUCAUUGUUUAAAUGUCUUGAAACCACUGCAUGACCAUGACUGUACUGGAGUGUGAUAUGCCACUUUGUUACAGUCUAUUGUCUAUAUUUUGGUAUGAGUAUUAGUGUUCUCCUAUUUGGACACUUUCCUGUCAUUGUCUAUUUUCAGACACACUGGUGGAACAUAGUAAAUCAACAAGUAAAAACACCUGAGAAUGUC